AGCACAGUAGAACUUAAGCCAAUUUUGAAACGGCCGCCUCCCCAACAUACGCCCCACUUUCAUAUACAGGGUAGCGCAGUGAGCAUAAAUGUUUGGUCGUAUUAUCUGAAGUCUGUGAUUUUUACCCCGUGGAACGUCGAAAAUUUCAAGUUACAAUAGUAUGGUGGCGCCACAGCCGGUGGACGCAGGGCCGGUCCUGCUCACCAGCGAGGAGGAUGAUCCGGAUCUAGAACAGGAUCUGAAAGACAUCGAGUCUUCUCUCCCCAUGCAGCCGGCCAGUAUCGCAAGAAAAAACUGUUUCACUGUGAACUUGUGAUGCAAAAAAUUCAUCACUGAAGUGUGUGUCUUGCUACACAUGCAAGACAAGUGAUUCUUAUCGGUGUUUUCCCUUAGGAUCCUCGCAUGGCAAGUUUUCUGUGUAAUGUGUAGCGGAUUUGUAAUGCAAAACUUGCAAAAUCUUUACAGUGAACAAACAGUUUUUUCUUACGAUAGCCAGCGUCAACAGGGUACUGUCGGAGGCCUCCACCGGGGGGCGUAGCUCCGCAAUAUUUACCGGCGGCCACGCUCUAUCGACGGGGAAAGUUGCAAAGACGCAAAGUUUCUUCAUGAAGCAGAAAACAUGGCAAGACCCCCGUGCAGAAUUCGUCCAACACAUUAUCCGGUUGCUGGUAUUAAGUAAUAAGUACGGAUGCACCUCGGUGCAUCAUUUUCGAGUAAGUGACGGAAAGUGCUAGAAUUAUGUAGAAAGGGCUGGCAGAUGCAGAUCCCUGGUGAGCCAAUGCACGGCAGCACGACUGGACCCGCAUUCGAGGCGGGGGUCGUGCCAUGGUAAUUUUCUUUCGAUUGGCUGGACCCAGUCUAGGUUGACUGGGGGCCGAAGUAGGCAUGGCUACGGUAAUAGCUGGCGCGUGGGGCGACGAUUGGACCCGGUCCUGAGGAGGAGACUGGGGGUCGGGAUCGCUAAAGUUUGCUUGAGAAAACGCAGUAGGCAGCUCGGUUUCGAGGAGCAGGGCAUCAGAGCCCAGGGGCAUGGUAUGGCUCGUAGGCGCCUGCGCGGGGCUUUUAUCAUUUUGUUGCUUAUGGAUACUGGUACGGCUAGGACAAGGUCAAGGAGACAGGAUCACGGAGGUCUGGCAUGGCAUGGCUAGGAGGAAAGCGUGACGCUUUUACUUUAUUACUUCUUUUCCUUUUAUCUUCCCCCCACUAGGAUGGAGGCACGGACACAGUGGGUGCUGAUAUUUCUCGUCUUGCAGUGCCGGGCGCACACACGAGUAAAGCAAGGGCUUCGCAGGUGGGCUAGUGGUCUUGACCCAUCCUCAGUGAAUUGCCAGGAGAGGUGCCUCAGGUAGGCUUUGAUCUUGUCCGCUCCGGUGGCUUAACAGGGAUCAGAGCAGAGUUUAAUGUUAAUCUGUGUGGUCGUUUGGGGCCACUUGGAUCGAUAUCAGCGGAGGAUUGGGCCCGCAAGGUAAGGGAGACACUGAGUAGCUAUGUCGCAGAGGCUGGGCUAGGAAUUAGAACAGGCAUGGUAGUUGGGCCUGUGGGCAUACAUUUCGUUGGCCUGGAAUGGAGGACGGACAGCGAGUCUGCUUUUUCUUGCAGUAGCGACCUAGGAGCUACGUCCCGAAGAGGUGGGUAUUUGUUCGUGGGAAUCGGAUGGAUUUCGUGGGAAUUGCCUCGCCAUGUUGUAAGCAGAAAACAUGGCAAGAUCCCCGUGCAGAAUUCGUCCAACACAUUAUCCGGUUGCUGGUAUUGAGCACUUCUACUUGGUCAGCUGGCGGUCUGUAAUUAUGGUAAUGGUGAUAGAUUGCAUAGCUGCCGUAGCGCUGGCAGCUGUGGACAUACUUGAAGAAUGAGCAGCAUUGAAAAACAAAAACAACGUAUACAAAAAGGUGCCACCGCUGUUGAUUUUCAUUGCUUGGAUGAGCUUUCGGGCAACUGGCGGAUGCUUCUAUGAUACCGCCGAUAUGAUUUAUGCCUACAGAGAAAACGACCCGGCCAUGUUGGCAAAAUCAGAUGGUAACGAAUGACGCUCAGCGUCAGCGUGUUUUUCCUUGCUAUGGAGUAAAUCCUUCGGUCAACGUACUUCGCUCCACGCACAUAGGCAGGAGCAUGUGUUUUGAUGCGAUGCAAGAGCUGAGUCCGGGGUUAGCUUUAGUCGUCUCCACCGUUGUUUCAGUUUCACGUUUACGACCUCCUGUACUUCAGUUUAUUGCGAAUUCUCCCAGACUGAACUCCUCCACGACAACAGCAUGCCGACUGAAAAACAACCUACCGAACGCUGCGAGCCAGUGCAAGGCGGACCCAACCUGCGGGUGGCACGAGGCAAGAAGUGGGUUCAUACGGACGGACGGCCGUUGCGACGUGAAGGAGUUGGAGACGAUUGAGGAGUUCCGGUUCGUCUUUGCGAGCGUUUUGUCCGCCACGGUGUGGGAGAGUGGGUUGAUGCUCUUCUUUCUGAACUACGCCGGAAUCUGGAUCCUCUUGAAGAUUUGGCGUGUCAUGCCCCGGGAGACCUUCUGGGUGUGGCGCGCGCUCUUCCUCCUGAUUCAGCCCAUCGCUUUCUCCAUGGGUUUCUACACGUUCUGGACCAACGACAAAUACGAUGAGCAGGUACUAAUUUUUCAUGAAGUUGUUGUGUAAGUAAAGACAAUGACAAAGACUAAGAUCGCUCUUCUGUUUUUUUGGGUCUUGGGCCCAUUCCUUCGGCAAGGAGGCCUUCUAGUUGAGAUGGAAGCUAUUGCCGCGACAGUAACCUAGACUCGAAGAUGAUGUAUGAAACUACAAAUAGGUGUCCUUCCGAGCAGCCUGCACAGCCGCACUUCCAUUGGCCUUUUCCGCCGUCGCUGGCUGCUCCUGGGGGUGCCGACCGCCGCCUGGCAUGUGGAAAAGGAUUUUUCGUGCCAGCUUUUACAUUCUGCUCUUCGGCAUCUACUUUCUCUUCGGAGUCUACAUGGUUGAGAGUGUAUGGCUGCCAAUGAGCAGAGACGCAGAAAAGGAAGACGUAAAGCAUCUUUUUGUUUAUUGAUUCGUCUUAUUUGCAUUUUUUGCAUUUUCUAAAGAAGUACUUCAAACUCGGCAAGUUAGAAAACUUGUUUCAUUCACUCUGUAUCAAAACGACACCACAGAAAGGCUUGAUGUACAACACGGUGCUAGACCUGGUCGCAGCCACGGUGCUGUUUUCCCUCUACAUCCCCAUCGGUGCCCGCGUUAUCAAAUGUAAAAGUGUCUGGGUCUGGAAGAUUGGAACUUGUGAUGCUAACUUUGGACUCUAGAAAAACAAAAAUCUGUAUUGCAUGACCAGCAAGACGAGGAGUCUAGUUUGUGCUACGCGGGGAGGGCGUUUGUCAUGCGGAGUAGGCAUCAGGAAGCCCGCUCAAAAUCUGUGAUGCGCGGUCGUGCAUUACAGACAUCCUGGGUCAUGCAAAACAUGCAUGACAAAUCUCAGAAUCUUCCAGACCCAGACAUUUUUACAUUUGAUACGCGUCAUUGCCAGACAGUACAUGCGGCUCGUGGACGAUGUGCGCUCCGACAUCCGGACUCGCCGCGCGCGAGUGGCCUUUCUCGCCUGCGCACGAGCCUGUUUCAACGUCGUCUUGGACAUGUACCUAUGGAUUGUAAAUAUGUCUGGGUCUGGAAACUUGUAAUGCUAAAAGUGAAUGAUGGACGCACUGCGAGACGCAGCUAUGCAUGACACAUUUUUUGGCUGCCAUGUCUUACGUCUUCCGCAUUGCAAGCUGCGUUUUUGCAUGACAGGUAAGAGGGCUUUUUCGUGCCUAUGCAACACAGAUUCUCGAGUCAUGCCAGACAAGCAUGACAAACUUGCACUCUUCCAGACCCAGACACUUUUGCAUUUGAUAGUGCCGCUUCUGCUACGGCCGCGCGCUCCUGCUCCGAAUGAGUCCGAUCGCCUUCUUCCUGUGCCUCAUCAGGGAUGUCUUGUAUUCAUUUUUUCACUGGUUGACGUUGAGCUUGAGCCCAAGCAGUAUAGUUGUUCUUUUUGCAGCUCUUGCUUGAAUACCCGAUACCAAUUUUGCAAUGAUGUUUUAUCUAGGAUCUGUAUCUGUAUGCAUCAAGAGACAUUGCACGAUAUACAACAGCACCGACUUCUUCCACUUCGGGUUCAAGUACCAGGAGAGCCUGCAGGUAUUCCUCAUGCGUCUGGACCAGAGUAGUGACGUUGCGGUUGAUGACAUGGAGAUCUCGAGCAAGGAAAAACUAGUGGUUACCGCCAACCGAUUCUGGAGCGCUGUACUAUGUUUUUCUGUUUUAUUUCUAGGUGUUUCAUCUCUUUCUGGUUAUCUGAAAAGAAUAGUUUAAUGCACACUUGGGUUUGACAUUGACACUGGAACAAAGAAACAGAAACUUGACGAAGUGCAGCUUCCCACCGGAGGAAUCGGUAUUAAAAAAGUUUUGUCAAAGAUGUCGAAAAAGAAAAUUUCAAUUUUCCGUUCAACCCUGCAGUUGAACCGACUGGGCUUCGACAGCAUCAUAUGCUGGUGGGUGCAGAUCGAUUGCGAAGCUGUCCUGGAGGGACGACAGAUUCACGCCAGUCGCGUGAGCGUGCGGGGCAAGGGCGACCGCGCCUCGACGCACCUCGGGUCAACCAGCCUGCAGCAAGCCACCCCCGCGGAGCAGCCUCUGCAAAACAUCGCCGCCUCGCAGGCCAUGCAUUCCCCCGCGACCGGCAGCUCCCCCGGGGGCGGCAGCACGCGCCGGGCCAGCGUGUCGAUGAGCCAGAUGCUCGGGACGACGAUGAGCCAGAAACUGGACCGAGCCGGCAGCCGCGAAGACAUCAAGUACAAGCGAGCACUGACGUUUGCCAACACGCGCAUGAUCGCGGACAACGUGCCAGUGCUGACCAAACUCGACCAGACCGUUAACUUUGUCAGCGAGCGAUCCCUGUUUUCCUGCAGCGAGCAGGAUAUGGAGGCGGUCAUGCCGGUGUUGGAGUUCUGGCAGCGCGAAAUCUUCGUGCGCUUCCAGGUCAGGAUGGCCUCGAAGAUCUUCUCCUCCGUUGGCUUGCUCAUCGGUAUGAUGUUCGCCGUGCAAUCCAACACAGCCUACAUCCCCGGGUUUCCAAGGUAUUAGGAUAGUUUUAUAGACUAUAGAAUGAUACGAACUUGACUCAAAGGCUGUAGAGGAAAGUUCUGAGACCCUUAAACAGCAUCAAAAAUUGCGGCUCAACCUGGAGCAAGCCCCUAGGGCUUUCAGAGUGGCCUUCUUUCCUAUUUGCGAAUACCCACUGCAGUCGGCCCAAAAGAUUGGGGUCGAGCUGUAGGGAACGAUCAAAAACCACGAAAAGCGCGACAUUUUGGAAGCGCUUUUUUUUUCUUCUGACUGUGUGCCAAGGCGGUGAAGUAAGGGUCCGCGGGCUAACUAUAAACAGACACGCAGGCGGCCGCGCAAGUGCAAGGAGGUAGCUGCCAAAAUCGCGGCCGUAGUUAUCUACUCAGGGCAUGCUGCCGCUAUUUUGCGGCGACUAUGCCGAGGCCCGCUGCUGUCCGCCGCCCGCCCAGGAGACCGCGGCGACGCACUCCUGGAGCCAAUCUUUCUAUCUUUUGGAAGAAGGCGGCCGCCGCCCUUCCCCGCAUGAGGGCAGGAUGGGUCAGGCCACCGGAGGGCAGCUACAGGGCCAAGGGGCGAGCACGGUGCUCCAGGGGAAGCGCUAGCGCGCCAAUCAAUGGCUGUGCCUAAAAGAAACGCCCGCCGGGCCAAGCAGCGAGGGCGAGGCGGCCCCGGGCCUCGGCUAGGAGGGAAAAAAUGCCGGGGCGCAGCACUUUCGUAAAUAGGCAAGCCAGGAGGUGGUUCCCAAGGUAUUGGGAAGGAAUGGCAGAGCUUGGCUUUUUUUUCCGAGUUGCUGCGUUUCGCACAGCUAUUCCUAUUCUGGCUACCCGGGGGCAGGGAUUUUCUAGGAGGAUGGUCGGAAGGUAUUGUAGAAGGUUUCCAUCUGUGUCAUCGUGGCACGCCUUCCCCGUGCAGCGCUCGUGGUUACUAUCGCCGCUUUCUGUCUCCGUUGGUUGACCGCGUUGCCCGCGGGCGCGCGCGAUCAGCCGACGUUGUAGCAAAAUCCAAACAGUGGGACUUUCAAUAGGAAGCGGCACGUUUAUGAGCGGGGGGCCCUUGCCCCCCCCGCACCCCCCCGCCCCACAUUACGAAGUGGCAUGCCCUUCCCUUGUUUUUAGGCUACCCGGGGCAGUCAUGUUUAUGAGCGGGGGGCCCUUGCCCCCCCCCUCCCGCACCCCCGCAAUCCAACACAGCCUACAUCCCCGGGUUUCCAAGGUACUAGGAUUAUUUCUCUAGUAGCGUAUUAUACUCUUGUCUCUUGUCUUCAUGAUUGGUUAUGGACGGACAAAACCUUAUUAAUUCCGGAUUUUAUAGCUAUAAAAAUAGCUAGAUUUAACUAUGCAUUUUUUAAGGUCGGUUUCCGUUUGGCAGCUCCAUCCCUUCGUCUUCGUUUCGUUUCUGUUUCUUUUCCUUCCGUCUCCUCAUUGGUUCGGUCAGUUGCGGUCUCGAUAGCAAGAGAAGAAGCUGCUAUUUGAUCGUCGCGUUUUCGAUGUGUUCGCCGCAGAAAGAUCUUGAGGCGCAUGAUCCUGGCGACGUGGUUUUGUUGAUCUAGAUCGCGCUACAUGUGUUAAAGCAAGCGAUCAUUUGUGUGGUCUCGCACAUGAUGUCGCUUCACGUACUACAUUGCGGUGGCGAAAGUUGAUUUUCGUGGAUGGCAAAAAACAAGAUCUUCAUUGCCAGCAGCCGAGAAAAACAUAUCGAGAGUUUGAAGCUAUUCUGAGCUUCUACAAUGACAGAAUGUUUUUGAAAGUGCACAGCUCGACCCCCUUUCACAUGCAUUACAAAAAUUACAGCAAGUAGUGAGUAGCUCUGAGCCGUGCUUCGUGGGCCUUUAUGUUUUUUAUUUUGCCGGUGUUCGCUUACGGAACGCUGAAAAGCAGACCACUAUGAAAAAAUCUUAAAGCCACAACCACAGCGCGAGUCUCGAGCUCGUGUGUGAUCCACAUCUCGACGUAGUUCUUAUGAUUUUUGUGAAGCGGCUGCUUUUCGUGUGUUGAUUGGAGGGGAACGAGCAGCAUUGUGACCAAUUUCGUUCGUAUCGUUUUGAUCGUGGGGCGUCGUCGUAAAUGUGUGCGUCAAAGUCGCAAGCUCAUCUACUGGGUCGUCGUUCCGCAAUGCCAGACUUUCAAAUAAAGACUAAGUUGAAGCUCAGCUGUCGUGGUCCUCGGAGUCGAUUUCGACGUGUGUGUGAAAGCAUCCGUGUAGCCGUGCGCGUACAAGUAGCGACAAAUCUCAGCAUCGUGUCGUUGGGGGGAAGCUAUCGUUGCGCAGCUGUUGGGCAUCGUGAGACGUGGGCCCUGUGUUAGUGGUUUAGAUUUUGACUCUGACGUGGUUUUCUCAUAUGUAGCCAGAAGUUUAUCAGAGAUGUCAAGGGGCAUCAGACUGCAAUAUUUGUAUUAGUAUUUCAGAAGCAUUCUCACGCUGAAAAGAAGGAAACUAAGAAGCGAAGCUCUCAUCUUUGACAAGCAGUAAAAUUAGUACACAUCUUGAUCUUUUUGAUGAGCCGAAGAAAAACAAAAAGUAAAAACACCUUCCUAGUUUUCCUCCGUCUACUACUGCUUUUCUUUUCUUUCUCGGAUAGAACUGCCAGAGCAUCAAAUGCAACAAUCAAUGGUCGUGAUGUCCUUCCGAGGUUGUGAUGAGCUGGCACCCGCUUAGGUGGGGGGUUGCGUGGUCUCUUUCGUCAUUGCUGCAACUGUCGGCGGAAUAGCAGCUCUUGUUCAAAUUUUCCACACGUGUUGGUCCAGGAUGCCACGACGUGCAGCCGAGAAGGGCGACGGGGCAGACGCCGGGUUUUUUGGUGAACAAGUUGGCGCUUCGGGCAAACAAUACUCCAACUUGCAGAGGCUUCUUGAAGCUUAUUUCGACCCGAAUGACAAGAACAGCAACACUACUUCCGGCGCGUUUCUGAAACGCAAUAGGAAGAGCAAGAACGUUUCCCUCGUGCCAACGUCGGAUACUUUGCGGAAGCGGUUCUCCGCGUUCAAGGCCGACCGCGUGGUCGAAGGCGAGGCAGCUUGGGAACAGUUUGUGCGAGACCAGUGUGACCGGUUCAAUGCGCCGAUCGACCGCGGCGACGCUGCUACGCGGAAGAUCGUCGCAAAACCCAAUCCGAACGCAGCACCAGCUGCGGAAAGUGAGACAGGAGGUAGUAGUGCGUCUGGUUCGCUGGAUGCUGCGCAGGACUUGGCGCUGAACCCAGAAAAGUACUUCAACAACCCCGAGAAGAAGGACAACAACUUCGAGCACCUAAAGUCGACCCGGAAGAAGGAGUACAAGUGGUUCGCACUGGGGAAAAGUUUAGGCGGAACCGCAAAGGCGCGGAACAAGACCUUCAAAAUCGCCAGCAGUGCCGGCCUCUUCUCCCGGUUCAAAAAGAUUACCCAAGGGCAGGCGGAGCUACGCGUUGAUCACGCGCAGCGGAGCAGUUCCAAGUCCUGCUUCAAUCUCCCGCGCCGGAAGAAAAAAGUCGUCAUCCACCGCCACGCUGAGGUUUCCGAGUCUGAGGCAGAGGACGAGGAGGACGAUAUUCUUGCCGACGAAACGAUCGUGAAGAAACAGGGCAACGGGCGGGUGCGGGUCAUGCGGGAAAUUGCCGAAGAGGUUGAGAUAACCGACGCGGGACUUUCCGAAGAUGACGCUCCUUUGGUGCUGCCCGACGGUGGCGACUACAACCUGGACGACGACCAGUUCCAUCAUCAUCGCAGCCAGCUGUUCGGUGAUGAUGUGAAGGUAGCAGCCGGCGGCAUAUCGAGGAAAGCAGCAAAAAUUAUCGCCCAGAAAGAUGAGAAGGACAGGAACAAAGAAGCGGACCAGGAGCGAAAGGAGGCAGUUCGGUCGGAGCUGAAGUAUUUCGACGCCGGACGGAUUGCUGCCCGCAACCGGUUGGUUUCGUUCUUAUUGUCAAGCGGCAUCUCCACCGCCGGUGAUGCGAAGUGUAAUGGUGCUGCCCCUGGUACGUCGAAGAACAAGAACAAUAACAGCACCGCUUCCAAAAUCAACAGCAGCCAGAACGUGAACGUGGGCGGCUUCUCAUCUUCUGGCGCCUUGGCACAGUUAGGGGCGGCUGUGCGCCAUCUGCUGCCAGCAAGUUCUCUCGGGUCCGGUGACUUGGUAUCGGGAGAGCAAAGCAUUCGUGCUACUGACCACGAGUUUCUGCGAAAUCAAGCGGCGCCAUCCAUCUCGCCUGCGGAUAGUGAUAUGAAUACGUUCGACGACUUCGACUUCGAAGCGGAGUAUCUUCCCCCGGAUCCACCGACCGCGGGGUCGAGCAGCAGCUCCAGUAGUAGUUCGGGAAGCGCAGCCGUCGGCAGUUCAGCAGCACGUGGCGUGCGCGCGUCCAAGUCUACCUUGUUGAAGCAGUUGCCGAGUAAAUCCGUCUUGAAGCAGGCGGAGAAAAAACAGUCUCAACCGGUGGCGGGCAAAAGCAGCAAGGCGGUAAAGAAGAAGGUGGAAACCCUGCUCCCAUCCUUGAGUGGUGCCUGAUUUUCAUUUUUAGUUUUACUUUUACAUUUACUAUUAUACCGUGUUACUUUACUUAUACUUUUACUUUGCCACGCAGUACCACUACGACUACCAGUAGCAGUUCUUGUUCUUCAACUUCAUCUGGAUCUUGGUGCCGAGCUUCAUCUUCUUCGCGUUCAUUGUCAGUUUCAAACUCGAGGCACUACUCGUAGUCCUAUUGUGAAGCCGAGUUGCAAAUGUAGAACUAGUUUCGAUCGAGAUUCAUACUCUAUUUCUAGUAGUUCUGACUGCAGUAGUAGUUGUGUUUGUAAUGCUAAACAUAAAUCGACCUGUGCUUGUAGUCGAAAGCGGAACUAUUGAAAAAGAAAACGAAAAAAAAAGCUGAAGCAGUCAUGUAAUACGAAUACCACCAGAGGAGGAGGAGGAGCCUGCUGCCCAGGUGGACACGCAGCCGGCGAGUUCGGCUUGCGGAGACAGUGGGGAUGGCUUCGACGCCUUUUUGAACUUUGGCUUCGGCAACGAUGAACAGAAUAGCCAGCCGCUCGGGUCGCUCGGUCAAAACAACUUUCCUUCCACCGUCCGCCCCGGACCUGGGAUCAUUUGGUGAUGAAAAUUCGCAUCGUCUGCUGCAGUCCGGCUACCUCUAUGGAACGGGGGUGAAGGGGGAUCUGGGUCAGGCAGAAAACCGGCCGAAGGUGGGGAUACGAAUCUCCCCGGACGCGACCCCGUGCGAUGAAAUCAAGGCCCUCAAUUGCUGGGCCACACUCUACAAAAGCGACUGGUGCGACCCCAUGAUCGUUUACUCCCACGAUACCGUUUUGCCCACCAUAUCCACCGGCUCCGGCCAUGAAGUUUUUUUACAGGAUUUGUACGAAUCCGCGUGGAGCAUCGGAUUCCCGCUACCCGGCAUGUGGUCGAAGGUGUGUCGCGUCGGUAACAAGCUGCUGAAAAUGCGGCCGUCGCUCAUCUGCACAUCCGACUCCGCGUCCGACGUGAAAAAAGCAGUCAAGUGCUGGGUCGAGUAUGCCACCGCGCAACGCUUCUACGACCCGGACCAACGGUUGGAGGAGCCGCACUGGAAUGUGAGCUGGCUCCAGUGCCAGUUGCAUCUGGCCCACAUUGUCGCGAGCACAAUGGUCACCUUGUGUGGAUUAUGCUUUGCAAAAGUAUAAGUAAAGUAUCGCAGUCGCACUAGUAGUAGUAGCACUAGUAGAAAUCGCAUGAGAAAAUCAAAAUUGAAACUCGCCAGCAAUGAUGGCGAGAUUAGAUUUCUCAUGCUGCGUACCAACUAAAAGUUAGUUUGUCAUGCUGAUCAGCAUCAGCAUCAACAUCAGCAGCGGAACUUGUGAUGCAUUAUUUUUCUUGCGACUGCUUUUGACUUUGAGUUUGAGUUUCGUUUUGCAUUUGCUUUUGCUGCGAGAGCGAUACUUACUUUAGCUUUUGCUCAGCAUAGCGAUCGUUGCUGCGGCUGGAUUUUCGCCGAACGUUAACUGCGGUCUCCAAGACGGUCAAUUUGUGGAUCGCCCCGCGACGGGUAGCGAACGACAGGAAAGGGACAGUCCGGGGGCAAAAAACUACUGAUGAAUUGCUGGUCGAGCUGUACACCGUCGACGACGAAGAAUCGAAGAGACGCUUGCACCACAUGACCUCGGUGGAGCAGGAGAAAUUCCACAAGGAGCGCAUCGCGAGCGACCCCAAAUUGCUCGCGAAGAAGAGGCUGCUGGAGACCAAGCUUCGCUCUUCGGAGUCGGUCGUGAAGCGUGUCACCGGUUUCGUUCGGACGCGCUGGCUUUCGGUGGGAAAGUGUAUCACGGGGCUGUGGAGGCAGCAGGAGAGCAUCGUCCAAAAAGUUCUGGAUAAAAGUGAUGACAAGCUGCAGAAGAAGAGCCGGAAGUUUCUUAACCGGGCCAAAGCUGCCUUCGGGAAGCCUCUGUGGUGGGGCGGGCUCCGCGUGUUGAGUCUCGUCCUGAUUGAGAUAGACCGCGUUGCGGGCGUCGUGAUGCACAGUUGCUCCAAAGAAUUGGACGGUGCCAGCAUACCGGAUUUUGUUGACAGUUUGCCGCGGUGUCACAAGGUCGACUUGUUUCAGCGGGUUACGGAUUUCCUCGUCACCAUCGGCGGCAUGACGGUCCGCGGUCUCGCCACAGAGGGGCUGGCGCCGGUCGCCGCGAUAAUGUUCUGGACCAUGAUACAGGAGAUGGACCUACGACAUUCUCCCCUUCGUGCAUGGCCUUACCUUGAGCUCGGCGCGCUGGAUGAAGGAUUUCGUCCGGAUUUCUAUUGGAUUUUUUUGUUUAAAAAAAAUUUUUUUUUGUUUGGUUUUGUCAUCCCUUUUGGUUUCGUUUUGGGCUGUUUCGUCGUUUUCGAUCGUCGUGAGAGGCAUACGCGUGGCCAUCGUCUUUCUUUGUUUGUGUUCGAUGGACUGCGUUAUCGCCUUUCCAGUGUUCAUUUCAAUCCGCAAGAGCUCCAUCGUCUUGCAGAUUGACACUACAUCCCCUGACCUGCGUAUGUGUUGAGUUUCGGCAGCGCGACGUCGAGAAGUGACGGACACGACUUGCAGUUAACGACGGCGGACGCAGCGACGGGUGUAUCAAAUAAAAUAUGAUUAUGCAUUUCGCAAGAGUUUUGUUUUCCUUUUCCCCCACCGACGCGGCGACGGUGGAGCCAUGGGACGCGAACACCUCGAAGCUGCGAUGCGGGGAGAAGUUUUAUCAUCGGCGAGAACGGGGACGAGCAGCUGCGACGGCCACAGUGUCGACGUUUAUGCAAGUGGAUGAAGAUGAUGAUUGACGUCGUAGAUGUCAAAGAAGACUACCUGAAACGCAUGCAAGUUGUUUGUUUUGAUGAUACAAAAACCAUGUUCGAAAUGAAUGCAAAGCUUUUUUUUUUUGCGAUGGUGCACGCACCAUCGCAUCGGUUUGUUUUUUGUGUUCAAUCAAUAUAGAGUGCAGAAUCUCAGCUGAAAGAACAUCGAGUUACUUUCUUCGAGGGGCAUUUGCUGGGUUUUUUUCUUAUGUUUUAGCUUUCUAUUGCGGAGAAGUCCUCUGUGUUUUGGUCGUGAGUGUUGCAUACAUACGAAAUGCAAAAAGCAGUGACCCCACUUUCACACUGUGCGCAUUCCUGCCCUUUUUAGUUUUGUUUCGUACAAGAACGACCUGUAUAAUUGUACAUGUAUAAUUUAUUGUUGGAAAACGAAAUGACGACGUGACGCGCGUCUUCCACCUGCAAGUACAAAAGUAAGCAUCUUCUUCGGCGGUGAAGGGCAGCGAGACACUUGUAUAAUUGACGCCGCGCAGUCUUCGCUUCAAAUGUUGAGCGGCACCCAAUCGACCUGUGCCGCGUCGACGCAGCAACUGUACCAGCCGGAAGAAUGUGCAACCUUCUUCGAAACGAAAAACAAGAUGCAGCAGCGGAAACUAUGGAGAUGUGCUGGGUUGCUGGGAGAAGAAUCAAAAAAAGCUGCUUUGAGCGCCGCCGCGAAGCAAAAAAUAACCGUCGCGCACGCCCGAAUCGAAACGGACGGCAGCACUUCGCAAGUGCUUAGCUGGCGGAACGCGACGGAAGGGAAAAUCAGGAUUUUCGGCCACCUGAUAUUCACGUGCGCUUGCAUCGUCUUCUGUGUUGCGGGGACACAAGACGUCGGAUCGCUCUUCAUUCCGGCGCACACGAUACUUUACCCGAACUCGGCCAACUACGGCGUGAAGCGAAUCGACCGGAAGUCAUGUUUUAGGGGAUAUUUUAUGACUUGAAAGUGAUUGCAUCCUAAGCAAUACAAUUUGUUUUUGCAUGACAGAUUUGGAAUAGGUAGACAUAGCAUGACAAAACUGUGAUGCGUAGCACCUUGAUCAAAAUUGUAUUGCUGAGCUUGCAAUCAUUUGCAAGCGAUAACCCCGGAAGCUUACGAGGUGGCAGACCAAAUUUGGUCUCUGAGGGAUCCCACGGAGAUGUUCAAGGCCAUUCCAGAAACGACCUGCUGCAUAUGGUCGCCGUGCAGCGACUCGGGCGGCAGUACAAUAAAUACAUUGUUCUGGUUGGGAUAUUGGUUCUUGAAUUCGGCCGCGGUAGGAAAGGUGGUGUUUUGGCCCGACCGGUGCAUGAGCCACCAAGCUGCUAUUACGGCCCACACCACCGCGGACCUCUUCCUGUCGCUCGUCGGCUUGUGUCCGGUGGCGUUUCAGAAAAGACUGUGGUGCCAGGUACUACGUUUUUUUUUUUGUAAUGCAGAAAUAAUGCAUGACAAAUGGGGAACUGUAUUAAUUUAAUUAAUACAAUUUACAGGCUUUGUCGGUGUCUCUGCUCCAGGAGAAAAUACACGAGCAGAUCGCAACACAAAUUCCGGCGUUUAUUGUUUCCCGACAUGAGCACGAACAAGCGCAACCCGAUCCCGAUCUGAGUGGAUUUCUAGAUCGAGUGCAAGUGCCAGACGGCAAGAAGAAGCAGCUCCGCGAAAUGAGCAUCAGGAUGCAACGAAUGGUGGUAAAAGCAAACGGGAAAAAGCAGACUCUCCAAGCAGUACACCGGAUCUACAAAGGCUGGAAAAAGCCCAUCUGGACAAGAUGGUUGACGGUGAUAGGAACCUGCGGGCUUUACGUUUUGGCGUCGGCGUGGUUCCUGGGUCGGUUGAUGGUAGGCUUAGGUCGAGCCAUCAAAUUCGGCGCUGAUUACGUAUUAACCCACGAAUUCGAGGUGUCGAUGUCGCACAAAGAAGGUAAGCAGUUCCGCAAUUUGGCACUCAAAAACGAAACGCAAUUCUAAUGCAAAAGAACAUCUAUCAUGCACGAUCAACAGCUGAUGCAUCACAUGGCUCGCAGCCACGAAAAUGAUACAUAAAUAAUUUUCAGGUUUGCAGUUCGUCUUUCUGCUUUGCACCUAUUUCAUCAUGCUCAUAUGCGCACCAAUCGAUGGAUACAAUGCGGACCUGCUUCGGAACGGGGACAGAGGCCGAUCGGAACGGAUGGGGGAUUUAAUAAAAGCAGUGAAGGCGACACUGCAGCACCUUCAUAACCCGGAACAGGUCGAGAAGGAUGUGCGAUUCAUGCUGUGCGGAAUAGGGACGGACGAAGUGGCGUUUUCCCCGAAGCAGCUAGAACUGGUACUGGUUCUGUUUUGUCAUGCAAUACAAAGCAUCUAUCUUUUUAGGCUGCGUGAUAAGUUGAUUUGUCAUGCAAAGUAUGCGCAUUGAAAAUUGUUUUUGGAAUACUAAACAGAUACACCAUUUCCGGCAUGUGGCACAGCUGUGCCUCGUGGCUUCCUACUCGAUUGGACGGUACCGCGAUGGAUGCAUGUCGGCGCAUGAUCAGUGGCUAACUGAUUACCAAAACGACGAAGAAGGCGCAAUUACCAGGCUGGAAAACGCCGAAGAUUAUCACUUGAAAAAUGCACAUACUCACAUAAGUUGCAACUCUGCAUCACAUCUUGUGACUUCUUUUUUCAUAUUUGUCAUGCAUGACAUGGCAAAACGAGACGCACCUCAUGACGCAACUUAUGUGAAGAUGUGCACUUUGCAAUGCAUAUGCGGAGGUACGUCGUCAAUGAUCCGGGCACCAUGGCACUAGUGUCGUUGAAAAAGUGGUACUUGCACCAACCCCAAAAAAAAAGAAAAAGCCGGUUGAAGCGGAUUUGCUUGUACCUGCAAAAGCGGAAUCGCACGAAUAAAAACAUCGAACGAAAAAUAGGGCGGUGGAAAAAUGGUGCGAAGGCGAGCAGGUUCGGCUUGAAGUCAACCACGGGCGCGGACUGCCACUGCAACAGGCGCGAUUUCAAUUGUGCCUACCAGGCUGUGGAGGAAGAGUGGAGCACCAUCCUCGAAGAAGAAAAGGGCGCAGAGGAAACAGCACAGGAAGGAGAACCAAAAGCAAAGCGGCAGUACGCGUUUCCGCGCGCUAUUGACCUCAAGAAAAAGGACAAAGCAGGAUGCACGGAGGCCGUUCCGGAUGCGCAGUACCCGCAUCUGAGCCGCACGUACCGCAACAACAAGUGGGAAAACAGCGCGGAGCGAAAGAAGUACGAGUGCCUCGCCCGGAGGAUGGGAAAAGACAACGUUCUCAUCGACCAGGAGGUGUCUGACGAAGACGAGGCUCCGGCGGAGGAUGAUGACGAGCCGCGGCACAAAGCAGUUGUCGAAGUGGAGAAGGACUACUACGAGAAGACAAAAGCUGCUGUUGCCAUGCGGUACAACGAUGAUAAGCAGGACUGGCGAAAGAUCCUGCCGGCGCGUUUGAACCGCACCACCAGCGAGAUGCAGCAUUCGGCUCCGGGGAAAAUCACCGUGUGGUCUCGCCCGCAGCCAGCUUCUGCCGUCGUAAUAGCCCGGUGGGUAAGAAAGCAGAAGGAGAAAGUGAAAGCCCUGCGAAAGCAGGCUGCUGUUCCCAAGGAUCUGGCGGACAUCGCGCACCUCGGGCUGGGUGGGCUUGAUGAAGACGUGGAGGAAGAAGAAGAGCUGCAGCUGCAUGAGGACGGCGACUUAUCCAAUGUAAAAAGAGCUACUUUGUAAUGCAAAAGUUGCAGCGACAGUACAGCCUGUGCAUUGGUACGGCGUACCAAACUUCCGCCCGGUAGAGCGAUGAAAAUACUUUCCGCAUGAGUAGGAGUUUGUCAUGCAAAAACUAACACGACAACAGCUCUAAAAGAUGUUGAGUUUUUUCUUUCUGUAGCCAACUAGGCUGCAUGUCCGGCGCAGAUGAAAGCGCGCUUUUGCAUUACAGAUUGUGGCUCACUUUACAGCGGAUACUGACUGGGGGAGGACAAUAUCGACGCGGUGAUAGAGGAAGAAGGCAGGGAGAUCGGCAACCUGCUGUGUCCGAUGCUCAUUACAUCUUUUCGCAACAAAAUCGAUGAUGAGCUGCACGACUUCCUGGUGAUCGACGUCGCCUUGGCGCCGGCUGCUUUCAAGGCGCUGCCGAUACAAGGCUUGGACGGUGGGAAAGAAGCAAACAACGCUGACGCCGAUCAGCAGUUCUCCGUGCGGAUUAAAGAACUGUACUCCGACACACCAAACGACUACGACCUAAGCGAGUUGCACCCUUUCUACAAGGUGAAAGUCGUCGUACGAAGACGGAAAACAUGCGGCGAUCAGGCGCGAGCAACAAACUAGAGCUGUUGCAAAUACAGGCUCUUGGCAUACCACGGAAGAACUGCUUUCCACCUAGCAGAAGCUCUGCAGAGCAAAAGCGCAUGACAGAUUUAGUUUAUAUCUUGCACAUUUGUUGUGCUUGCGACCACUCUUGGGCCAUCCCAAGAGCUUGAGGCACAGACCUUGCAUGACAAAAACAUGUUUGUUGCUCGCGACUGAUCGCUGCGCGUUUGAGAACGAUAGCGCGGUGGACAGAACCAGGCGGCACUGCGGGUGAAGCGGGGCGGGGAGCUGAAGCUGCUGAAGGGCAGCCAGAAAGUCAAGUCCACAGAAGCAAAAUCGAAGGAGAUCGAGGAGAACUGGUCCACACUGUCAAAGUGGGACAAGGCGGUGGCGAAGGAGAACGUGGAGAAGUCGCUGAAAGAGAAGUUUUCCACCGCCGUCAACCCGAAAGCCACUGACAAGAUCUACGUGUUGAAAGGAGCAGACAACGUGGCGGUGCCGGUGGGAAAAGACAUCGAGGAGGAUGAUGAUUACGGGCAGCAGACUGCAGCUUCCGUUGCUACCACACAGACGCAGGCGGUGGAGUCGCAAGUGGAGCACGCAAAGACAAAUGUAGCUGACGAUCGUCAGCUUACGCAGCUGGAGUACGACCUCUUCGUGAAGAAGAGGCAGUACGUGAAAGCACAGCUCCAUCCUACCCGCGUCGAUGGGUUCAGGGUAGAGGAGAACACCAGCAAAAGCGACAAGAUCGCGACCGGUCGUGAUUCUAUGCGGUUGAAGGCGAAGGUGACGGAUAAAACGGUGAAGAAAACGGCCGCGAAGCUGCUCCAAAGUGGCGUCUUGGACCUGAAGACGGAAGCUACCAAACAUCCCGGAAGAUCGAAGCGCUACGCGGAGAGCGCGGGGGCUUUGUGGUGCGAAGCCCUGCUGCAGUGCUGGUGUGUGAGGUUGCGAUUUAUAACCGAACUAGCGAAGAAGCACAGCGACGACAAUACCGUUCUGCCCGGCAAAGGUAAAGAGCAGUUGGUGAAGGCGCGGUGCGACAAGUACAUCGCGGAAGUGCAGCAGCAUGCGUACGGUCUUGCUGCGGGGAUGAAGACCAUGAUCGCCCAGGUGGAUGCCGAGUUGCACAUGGACGAAAACACCUUGCGGUGCUGCGAUCCGUCUGUGUCGCUGCUUACCGAGUGGGAGGACUUUGUGGAGGAAGAUGAAAAGCUUGAUCCGGACCACAAGCAGCUGUUGAUCGAUAACAAGAAGCAGAGGAGCAGAAAGCAGAAACCGAAAGACGGCAUUGUGGAGGAACCGAGCGAGCAGCAGCUCUCGCAGCUCCUGGCGUAAAAACCAACACGCACUGCGCUGGAAUGCAGUGCGUAUUGCAGGUGGAAGACGUGCAGUCCUACAUAGUUGCAUAGUAUUAAGAAAAAGCAGUAGUUUUGAAUGUAGCAGAUGAUACUCGUAAUAACAUGCAAAAUCGUCCGUCGACCUCAAUGUUUCGCCUUCUACAAGGGCGAAAAAAAGUCUGAUAUUUGGCUCUCAAUUGCCUCCGACUUGGCUUCAUGAAAAGUCGCAAAAAUAGAAAUCCAUCUCUGGUCGGAAAUCAUAUAUUUCUAAGUAGGAGAAUAGAAGUCCAUCUUUGAUGGAAAUAGAAAUCCAGAAAGUUCAGAAUUAUUAAAUAGAACUUAAACAAUUCCAUAGAAAAGUGACACUUUAUCAAUAUUUUACACAAGAGCAAAAAACCUACGCGAUCAACUCACGGAAGUCGAGCAAUCUGUGGAGAACGGACUGGAAACCGCGACGAACGGCUGGCAGGCGGGCCUCGUGGAAGUGCUUUUGUGGACUUCUGCGGGCUGGUUGGCGAAGCCGGCAUUUGGGCCACGCAUUCGCGUUGGCAGAUACGCCUUUAGAGGCUUUUACCACGACGCUAUUUGCGUCGAAAUUGGAAAUACGGCCGUCGCCAUCAGCUGAUCCUCCGUCGCAGACCGCGACUGCGAUCCCGAAGAUUGUCGUGCUUCUUGGUGAUCAGGAGCAUGUCGCUGUGAUCCUGAGCGACUACAUCCGCACUGCGGGACGACGGCCGUUGGUAGGCUUCCUGCGGUUUUUGGCUUGGAUGCUCGCAAUACGCCUACCCGCUGACAGGAUCUGCUCCUGCACUGUAGGAACGACGUGGCGUGUGAGUGUGCCGCGUUGCAGGUGGAGGUUCGAAAUGCACGCCUUCGUCGCAGCUUGGGCCUUGGGCAGGACGCUUUGGUCAGCGGGGAGACCACGACCUGCAUCUUCGUAACUGGUUUCCAGACGGCGAACCUGAGAUUGCAACUUUUGUGAGUUGAUAGUGUAAAUCUAAAGCGCAACAGUAAAUAAUGUAUAGCGCGAAGAGUAGAAUACAGAGGAAAACAACACAAAGUAGAUAAGGCACACACACAGCAUAGUAGAAACAGAACCGCAAGUAUAAAAGUGAAAGAAUUAGAAGUAAAAAUAGCAUGUGUAUGAUGAAGAAGCAUUUUUGUAUGAUGAAAAAGCAGCAUUUGUACACUGGGAUUGCAAAAAUUCUAAAACGCAUCACAAGUACAUAAGGGAAAAUGAAGAGCAGUACCUUACUACCACUGAGGCAUGAUGAGCUCUCGAGUGUGUUUCUGCGUUUUUUUGGUUGUUCACGAGUUUCACACACAGCGAUCACGUAAUACAGCAACGUCAACGGCACUACCUGUUUUGAAUGUUGAAAAGGAGAUUUAUGACAGCCGUGCGCUUCUGGAUUUACAACUUAUCUUCUGCUGUGUGUUUCCAUCAUGAUGUGUAAAGAUCAAGCGAGCUGGCUGAGCUGCUUGUUGUUUCAGAGAGAACUUUCAUCAUGUGUUUUUUUUCGCUUGCAAUGCAGGCGCGCGUCGGUUGAGACAUAAGACUUGGGCAGUGUGACAAUAUUGAAACUUUUCCUUCACACCAAAUGCUUUAGCAGCAACUGUGUUUCUUGCCCUCUGUGGUAAGUAACUAAAAAGCAACUUUCCUUCUUGGAAAGCAAACAACUCUCAAUCAAUAAUGCCUCCGAAAACCCAGCAGCCCGCUUUGCGCAAGCAGAACACGGACGACUUGUGUGAGGAGUACAUGAAAACGACCCGGGUCAAGGUAUGCGCUUUGUUUUUGUAGUGAUUUUUUAGUGUGAUGAGAGUGUAGAUUCUGAAACCAAUCUUCUACUGAAAAAAACUACUUUCACAUCAUGAAAUGACAAUCAAAUAAUACCACAGAACAAGGCCACCACCGUGAACUCCCUCCGCAACGUCAUCAAAGUGAACGACAAGAUCAAAACCAAGAUCGCUGCCCGUAUUGGUGUCUUGUCUCGUCUUCCGAAGCACGGCAUCGACCGCUUGCAAAACAUACGCUUUGAAAAUCUAGUACUAUUUUGUCACCACAGAGUCGCGUAGAGCAUGCAUGUGGAGUGUCAGGAUGUGAUGCUAGUGCGAUAAGUAUUUCAAUCAUGCAGACGCAGCACACUAGUCGCCAUGCGGAGCACUGCUAUCAUGCAGUGAUGAUUUUAGAAAGCAGGAGCUCGAGCUGCAGUGUUGUCUUCACCAACGACUCCUGAGAAUUAGAUGACGCAAAAAAAAACGACUCUGUGGUGAAAAAGUACGUCAAUUUGCAUCGCAUACUUGGCCGACGAGAAGGUCCUCGCGAAGGCGUUGCAGAUGGUGCCCGCUCUGGUGCGCGAAUGCACCGCGAUCAUCCGCGUCGACCGCCUGCAUGUCGCGAUCAUCAGGUUCAACGCCAACGACAUCCAGGGCAUGGAGAUCCAGGACAUCUACAUCGUGUUGGUACUGCUUUUGUUACCUGAGUUUCGAGUUUUGGUUUGUGAGUGAGAGAAAAGUAGAGGAGAUUGACCGUGUGGACUUCCAAAGCAUGCGUUGCGCACACACGAAAAGAAGAUCACCUAGCUCACAUGCAGAUGUAAUAUCACAAAAUGCCUUUAUAUCAGGACCACUGCCACGAUCGCUUCACGUCCAUCAGUGACAGCGAUACGGCCCGCCGUGCGCUCCACAUCUGCAACCACUGCAUGACCAUCAUGCCCCUGGAGACCCACCCGACCGUGGAGUUGAUGGCCGCUGAAGCCUUUGUCACCGGUGUCUAUCAUUGCCAGCGGGGUGGUGUCGGGCACAAUCGUUCGGUCGAGAAGUUGCGUGACUGGUAUUUAUAAACAUGUAGAUAGACGUUGACCAUGCGUGACGUAUUUUGUAAGCAGGACGAACACGCAUGCAAAUCAAUGGAGAGCAUCAGUUUUGAACUUCAGGAUUGCGCUCUAGUAUACGUUGCAAUACGCCAAAACAGGACUUUGGGCGUCGGUCGCAUGUUUUGCAUGGGCGAUAACUCCAAGUUGGUCGAGUUGAAGCGGAGCUGCAACUUGCUGGUCCAGAGCAUCUCCCAGAAGAAGAUGACUCGGUUGGAAAUAUGUCGUGUAAAUUCACCACAUUCGGUCUGAGUUUUUGAAUAGCGCGGAGCCUCAGAAUAGUUUGCAUUACAGAUUUGACAUGCACAUCUCGUGGUCGCGCUAUCCAAAAAAGCGUGAGAGUGUGGUAAUUUCCGUUUCAUAGCUCGACCAGGUGAGCCUCGUGAUCACCCAGAACCUCCAGAACACGGCCCAGUUCCGCUUCUGGCACGGCAUCCAGCCGGUAUUGUUCACACUUUCAUGCUUUGCAUAUCAAAACACAUGAGUGAUUUGUGAAGAAGACGUGAUGCUGUUGUGAUAAACGUAAUCAUGCGCAAUACCUGAUCGAAGAAAAAACGUAAUAUCAGGCGAUCGCGACUGCCGCGGGGCAGGAGCGAUUGGACUUGUGCAGUGAUCAGAUCAUGCAUUUCCUCCGCGGUGACGCGAGCCACGGAUUGACACCGGAAAACUUGUCCCUCACACUUAAUUUCAGUGAAAGUGCUGAAGAAUUUGUGUGGACGGCGAUCAAAUCGGCCGGCUACCAGGUCGGUGCCACCCCCGAGAUGAAGGACCUGGUACAUUUGUGUUUGUACAUGUGGAAUUUUGUGGUUUAGAGUUAUGCGGCCCAGCGUCGCGAUAUUGCUGGUGAGAGAAAGGAAAAACUUGAACGUCGCGUGUGUGUUUGCAAAUAAGACUUUUAUUGUGUGAAACCAACAUCAAUCAUCACGAGCCAUAUACCUCGCAUGCGUGAUUUCAUACAAAAUCACUGUCAGUUGGAGCCGUGGUUCCGCGCCCGGCUCUUGCGGUUGAAGAAUGAGAUGAUGCACAGCGCCCAAUUUCCCCAUCCCGCCAUCGCGACCAUGUUGAAGUUGCACGAACGGCUGCACGCGCCCGGAACCGGCAUGCAUUUUGCCACGAAGCUGCCGUUGAGCUGGACUUCCGACAUGCAGUCCAAAUCGAAGUCGUUCAUCACGAAGCUCGACCUCGACCGGGUGAGCGGUGACAUCAAGUUGUUGCAGGAGAAGCUGCUGGCCUUGGUCGAGGUGUACGACCGCACCACCGGACAGCACCGCUUCGAGCAGGAGGUGGAGGCCAUCAAGGCGGAUUUGAAGGGUUUGUCCGUGACCGGCAACAACGUGUACCGCGCGUUGGUGGAGAACACCAUGCUGUUGUGCGACUGCUACUAUGCAUCGCGAAAAACAAGUGUAUGUGAGAAUCAAAGCCACAGUCUGGCAUUUUGUCAUGCAUAUUUACUACCACAGAUGGAAGCGGGGUUCUCGCUUUGAGGCACCACCUGCACCCGUAGUUUCUUUGUAUACACAAAACGAAAAUACACACGCGGGUGCAAAAUAGCAGCUGUCUUCACAGAAAUGCCACUAGUUUACCUCUCACAAUUUAUAUUCUAGUGGCAAAAGAUAUCUCACAUACACCAAUUUUGCAUAGCAUAUCGCCGUCACCAAUGACCAGGACGAGGAGAAGGCAAAGGAGUUUCUGGCCGCGGAGGAGCGGGUGGAGCAGCCGCUGACGACCCGGAACCUGGACGCGAUCCUCGUGGAGUACGAGCAGAUGAAGGCGGGGUUCCGGCAGCAGGACCUCGUCGGUGACUACGAACAGUGCAAGACUUUGUUGGCCGCCGGUAAAGAUGUUUGUUUUCUUUUUGAGAGUUGAGAGGUGGAGUCACAGGCGAGAAAAGGAAUAAGAAUAGGCGUCGGUCAAUAGGUUGCUAUUGCUUUCGGUGAUCUGCAAAAUAGCCACGUCGCAUGAUGCAAAAACUGUGUCUGUGUAGGUACACGACACGAAGCUCGCUGUUUUAUUUUCAGCGAUUUGAAAAGUACCAAUCUUCACGUUCGGAAUAUAAAAGCGCGUGCAAUUUUCGCAAUAACAAUUCUAUCAGGUCAGGAACAGCCGGCCCGGGACGUCUAUGAGAACUUGGAUGACACCUGGGAAUUCCUCAGUGCGGGCCCGAAGAGCUUGAUCUUCUCCGCGAUCCGGAAGCGAUUCCCGGCGCAGGCGAACACGAUGGUCAACCAGGACAUUGCCCGCCCCCAGAACGCCGGCGGUUUGAACUUGACGGUGGGCGACGCGGUCGUGGCGGCGGUGGCCCCGCCGGCCGCCGUGCCGGAGGCGGACCAGGCGGCGCAGAACGACGACUUUGAGAUGCAGGAAGGGGGUGAGCAGUUGUUUGAGGAGGACGAUGACUAGGUUGCUUAUCGAAGAGUAAAAAUCGUGUAUCUUCGUUCGAAAUAGUUAUAGCGUAUACUCGAGAAGAUCGGUAUAGCUUCAAUUAUUGCACUCGAAAAAACAACAAUCGCUGCCGAAGAUACAGAGAUUAAAUCGUAAAUUUUUCGCACUGUCACUCCGCCGCGACCAUAUAGCAUUUGGCGUGCUGUGCGUGUCCUCCUUGCGUUUUUGUUUUAUCUAUAGUGAAAAAAUAUCAAGUUCAUGAAGUGAUUGUGUGCAAGGAGGAGUACCACAGUAUCGCGUUUUAUUUGUUGUCAAACUUUUGUCCUGAUCAGACUGUACGAUUGCACUACAAAGUAAAGUUGACAACCAUAUACGGGAAUAUAGAUCGGGAGAAUAGGUUUCUCUGUAGUUACAACUGUAUUCAUCAUUGGUUCGAUCAAAUGCAAAAUUUGGAGAAAAUGCACAGAACAAUCAGUAAGAGCGAAGAAGAACAUAGAGUGCACGCAAAUGCACCAUUUGCAGCGACAACAUCGAAAGUAGAGGACAGUUUGCGAAAGUGAACCAAUGUUGAUUCACAUUUUUAUGGGUAAAAACAUGAAUAAACUAACAGCGUCAUAAUGAAACAGGGCCUCAAAUUGAAGGAGUGUUCCCGUUUGAAAGAAAGAAGACAGCGGUUAUAGUGUUGGAGUGUUGAAAAGUUCGCAAACGCAUCAUUUGCGCACCGUCUGUGUUAUAAUCAUGCGAAAAAACUUUCUACUGUCAGAGCGCGUGCUAUUUGUAUGCAAAAACAAAACAAUAAUGAUGCCUUCGCUGCGAACACGAUGUAGCACGUUCACGCGCUACAUGUCGAGACCGCACACUGCGGCUCAGCUGUAGAUGCGGAAUGGAGAAGGUGGAACUGCAGGAGUGCAGUUUUGAGUAGGAGGAGCGGAGAGAAGCUGCUCCGAGAUAGCAGCGCGUGGAGCGGAAGAGCUGCUGUAGAUCCGGACGACGCGGUUUGGCGGACGCGGAUUGGAAAAAAAAGAUCUUAUUUGGAAACAAAACUCUUGCGAAGUGCUACAAUUUAUUUUAUUCGAUGCGUCUAAUUUGUAUCGAACACUGAUUGUGCAUGCGCUGCACAUGCCACGCACUGUAUCGAUGUCACAACCAACUCAAUGCCUCAAAAUGCAUGAUGUAACUACUUCGAGGCGGAAAGAACGUGAUCUUGUGCAUGUUGGACUGCAUGACCUCGCUCUGAUCUUUGCACUUUCUUUGGCUUGUUUGCAAUAAACAAGGAGCUUGGGUGCUUCACAGAUACACCGCGACGCCACGCUAUCGCGGUGCGCACUGCUUGUUCGUAGCAGCGCACCCGCGAUCAGACGGCCGGCCACGCGCGCGCCACCCGGCGCUGCGCUUGGUCAGCUACUUGGCUUGGUUUAGGUCUUCAAAAGAAAUCCAGAGAAAUCCGGAUUUCGGCGACCAUCCAGGCGCGCCCAGCUCAACUUACCGAUUGGCGUUUCUCUUCUCGAAGGACAAAGCGGAGCGUGCGGCAACUAUUCGAGACUUGCUGGCGGCGUGCGCCACCGAGGCGAAGCGGUCGCAGAUGCCACUCGAGGCACUGGAGGUUUGGAAGUUGUUCCGGUUGGAGUUGAAGCAUGUUCUCGAAGCUCUCGAGCAAGGUCGUGUCGAUGUCGGGUGGAGCAAACAGCUCUGCAGAAAUCUGUGUCCCGUCGUCAGGGGCUUCCUCGCUAGCAGUCAGAUCGCCGAAAGUUUGAACAGCACUACUUCCUGGGUAAAGCGGGAGGCCGGCGGUCUCAUCGGCAUUUUGCUGGGAUCCGCCCGCACCUUCUGCAGACGGGGGGCGGGAAAAGAUUUGGACUUCGAGCAGUUCCUCUUCAUCAACGACCACUGCCUGUCGAUCAGUGCAAAUAUGAGAAUUCGGAAGCUGCUGGAGGAGAAGGGGAUCUACGGCGACCCGCUGACUUCGGACCGAAGCGACUUCUUGCUGCGAAACGAGGUCCGGCCGGAAGAGAAUCCGCAUCGUGUGGUUGCGGAGCUGUUUGAUGUACUUGCCCGGCCUGACUGUCCCGAGGCGGCGCCUCUCGUCGGGGGUGAUAAGGCGAGGGGUGGGGCCGCGCGCACAAACUACGGUGGUCAGGCCCUGAACAUGAAGGUCUUCGACUUUCGGGUUAGUGACAUUCUGGGAAUGCCUUUGUGGAACCGCGAUGGAACGCCCGUGAAGAAGAUGCAGUACUACUUCGUGCUGAAGAAAACCAAGCAGGGCGCUCUUCUGGCCGAGGUGGUGGAAGACACGGACGGGAAUGCGCCGCCGGGGCAUCAGCUCCGGAUGUCGGUCGAUUUUGGUGUCACGGUAUCCGUUUCGGAAAAAACCAAAAUACGUCGUGGAGUGGAAGUGCAGGUGCUGGAUUUGUCAUGCAAAUCUUCUCUGUCAUGCAGGGCCGGAUCACAAGCCUGCACCUGCUACUAGUUUUGCAUUUGAGCAUCAGCAUUAACAUGUACAUGAGCAUCACCAUGCUGGCUCUCAUUCUGCAUGAGAAGGACUAAUCUCAAUUUGUGACUUCAACAUGAGAAGAGCUUCAACGUGAACUAAUCUGCAUGAGAAUGACUAGUCUCAUUCUGCAUGAGAUUGGCUUCAGCACGAGCAUCAGCAUCAUCAUGUACAUGGGCAUCACAGUGCUGGCUCUCAUUCUGCAUGAGAAAGACUAAUCUCAGUGAAUUUGUGAUGCAGCAUGGGCAUCCAGAGCCAAGCUGCUCGGCACAAUAAAGGCAGUCUGUGAAGCGGGUCGCGACAAUGUAGAUCUGUAAUGCUAGUAAUGGUGGUAGUUUGCAUCUGUCAUGCGCGGAACAAUAGGACUAGCACUAGUACAACUAGGCUGCGCUUUUCAACUCAAACAACAACAAUUAUGGACUAGAAAGCACGGCAGGUUCUUGUCAUACAAGAUCAAUAGCCACGCAGCACAGACGGCCCUUUAUUAUCUCCACGACGUACUUUUGGUUUUCCGUGCAUAGUGCUGCUGGUUUUCCGAUGCAAUGUCCGCGCGCUACGAGGACCAGCCGGCAAAGUAUGCGAAGAAGGCGGGGGAAAAAAAAGAACCGCAGCUUCGACCCGUCGUCCAGAACGGUUCCACGCACCUGAAGUUCUACCACAUGGACACGUCGAAGAGGCAGAGGCUCUGGCACAUGGCACCGUCAACCGAAUAUGAAUCCGAGUUCUACUAUCAGCACCGGGUGAACGAUCUCGGCGUCCCCGACACUGAAAAUCUGCGGCUUGGCUAUAAGCCGGCCAAAACCUUCCCGGAUCAUGAUCGCAUCGUCGGCAAGUACACUGUCAUGCCGUGGACCGACAUCUGUUUGUCGAAGAACGCGGAAGAGGAGAACAGGGAGUUGAGGAAGGAGAAGCGGCUGCUGCGGAACGCGCGCAUCGACUCACCGACCCGGCGAUCCCGCGACGAGAAGUGGGGGAAGGUGCCGCAAUCUAUUAGGAUGCCUGAAGUCGCGGCCAAUGGGCUCGGCGACCGGGUUUACGGCAUCUGGCAGAUAGAACAAAAACAGUGGCGGGGGAAUCUUGAAAAAGCAGUUCCCUUCGACCGCAGAAACGAGGUCCGGCCUAACGGCGCACAACCAGCAGGAGCAGUACCUGCCGCAGUCGGGAUCCAACCACCACAACCAUCAGGCUCGGGCGCGCAUGCAGGCGCGCGUGCGCAUGCAGGCGCAGGCGGGCACGUGCGCGUGCACACACAUGCACACGCGGGUGACGGGCGCGGGCGUGCACCCGCGGGUACAGGCGCGGGCGGGCAGGCGCAGGCGAGCGCGCCUGCGGGCGCACACGCAGGUACGGGCGCACACGCAGGUACGGGCGCACACGCAGGUACGGGCGCACACGCAGGUACGGGCGCGCACGCAGGUGCGGCCGCGCGCGCAGACACGGGCGCGCACGCAGAUACGGGCGCGCGCGAGCGUGUGGGCAAGCAACGCGCGGGUGCGGACACGCGCAAUGCCGCGCAGCCGGGCGACGAGCAGCAGCCUUCUGGUUCCGGAAAUGCAGGCGCACAACAGCAAAAUGGAGAUGAAGGGGAAGAUCAGCAACAGAAAAACAAAAAACCGUGUGCCGCCCGAAAGAAGUACUUCGUCGCCAAAACGCGGCAAGAAUUCGUCAGGAAGAUGGUAGAGUUUGAAAACGGGAAGAACUGUGAGGUGGAGCGUGCCACACCGGAACAGGAAGUAGCUGCGAGCGCCUCGCUGGCGCAAUACCAGAAGGAGAACAAAGUUCUGGAGAAGAAACAGAAGGGCGAGGACAUCGAGCUAGACAGCGACAUGGAAAGCACAUACGAAGAGACCGAUGAUUCUUCCAACUUCGGAUCUUCAAGUGAUGACUCGGACUAAUGGUGCGGGGGAUGUAGCGCAUAAAGCUAAAGAUCAGGACUUAAAGACACAGAUAAAGUAGCACUACAACUACUAGCAUUGAAAGUGAGUAUGAAUAUAAUAAGAAUAGUAAUAGUUUUUGUUUUUGUUUUAGUUAUAGUUUUCCACUUCCUGUUCCUUUGGCUUUACCUUUUAGCUUUAGUUAUAGAAAUUGAAAUUGUAUUUGUAAUUGUAAUGGUAACUGAAUACAGGUGCAGGCACAGCUACAGGCAAGGGCGCCACUUCCACUACAGAAAGAGGCGCACUUCUUUGCCGCGAUGCUCUGCGCUAUUUGUGUUUCAUAAUCGUAUCAGAAUCAGAGUAAGUGCACGAUGCAGAUUAGCAUGAAAGUAAAUGUAAAACUCAGCCGCUAUGUCUAUUGGUAUUGCUCCAGCUAUUCGUUUUGGUCUUUGGUUCUGGUUUAUAAAUAUCAAUAAGAAAAAGAAUAAGAAAAUGAAAAAGAAUAACAGUUGCGCUUCCAGUUCUACUUCUAUAUCUAUCUCUCUUACUCUUUCUUUUUGACUUUGUAUUUGUAAUCGUAAUGGAAAUGGUAACUCUAAAUCUAAUUGUAACUCCAAUUCGCAAUAGAAAUUGAAAAUGUAAAAAAAAUAAAUAUGAGUGCGCCAGCAGGAGCGCCUACGUCAUGAUCAUGAAGAAAAAUAAAAAGCGUGAUAAUAGGUUUAUGAUUUUAUCUUCGUGCUCAUGGCUUAUUUCACUUUUGUGUUUUGACUUUUUGUUACUGGAAGACGAAGAAAAAAACCGACUCUGAUCAUUGAUCUUGCUCUGUUUCGUUUCGUUUAUUAUCUGUAUCAACUACAUGAUCGAGGAAGUUAGUAACUAGAAUUACGCAUAUUUUUGCGUGGUGAAAGUGUUCCUUUCACAUGUGCGCGCACCUCUUUUCAUAUCAUAAACAGCCAUGUGAUCAUGCAGAUCAUGCAGAUUUGCAUCUUGAAUCUCAGCGCUUUCGACCGAAGUGCGAUCAUAUUCAAGAGCAUGGCGACAGAAUUAUCGAAGUCCACGCGCAGUGGAUUAAGCAAAACCGACACCGAAAUUAGUGCACAGCCCACCACUUAGCAGACAAUUUGAAAAACUACACGCAGCUAAUGAAGACGCUGUGAAGCGUGACGCUGAAGAGCAAAGCUCUUGCAUGGACAACAGAAAAGCAGCCGCUUUUUCUUGCAUUGUUAAUACAUGUAUUCCUGUGCAAUAGAUUUUGCGCAUAACAAAUUGAAACAUAAAUCAAAAGACGCUGUGCAUUCCGAUUGUUAGAAGAUUGGCGUUUCUAAUCCGGAAUGAGGUAAGGAAAGUAGAAAAUCAAAUGAGUAGUGCCUGCGCUCCACUGUAAAACCAGCGCGAAGCCGAGUAAUGCGUCUUGUUGUGUUCGUCGAUUUUUACUCGUCAGAAGCAGUCGGAAGAAAAAUAAUUGUCUUCGUUGGGGUCGAUGAUCACGUGGCUCUCAGCACCAAAAUGCCAGAUACAGAGCUAUCUCUUGUCAGAUUCAAGGUGAUGAAAUGGUCGUCAGCGGUGAUGGCCAAAAUGGCCAUUUUUAAUUUAAUUGAAAUUCUACUGCCGUGGAGCACUAUGACAGCAAAGGACGUCUUCUACCAUAUUUGACCAGAUCUCCUAUUCUAGUGGAAAAAAGCAGUAGAAAUCCAAUUAAAUUGAAAAUGACCAUUUUCAACAUCAUCAUCUGACGGCUCAAAGUCUUCUGAUAAUGUGUUGCAUCUUCAUCAUUUUGACCGCGUUUUCACCUCAAAACCAAUAGGAAUUGUGAGAGAAUAUUUGAAAAAUAUAUUGAAAAAAGAUGAGUCUUUCGACGUUACGUCACACUAAUCGUCCUUCGGACGAUGAAGUGGGGACGUUUUGCAGUCUCGUAGACUGUGGCGAGGCAGGCGUGCCAGAGGCAGAUCAUAUUCUGCUCCGCUUCUGCAAAAACGGUUACGACCCGAACAACAUGAGCCGCACCGUGGUGAAGUUGAAACAGCACCACGUGACCAACAGUGGCCGCCACGAGUGCAGCCGUCCCAUCGUGGGGGACAACUUAGCGUCUUUGCGCCACGCCGUGCGCGAGCGCGGCCGCGCCGACGGCCUGGACGGGUCUAAGAUGAGUACUAUUAUUUUUGUGUUUUUCAUGCCUAUAGUCUUCAUGUAUAAUCCAUUAGACCGUGCGCAGUUCCAUAGUGUUUUGCUUGUUUCGGGUUCAUCACGCAUUCAUAUGUAGUGAGAAACUUUGUGCAUAACUACACAGAAAAUGUCGCAUGUUGUCGCGCAUUUCUCCUUGCGAGGAGGGCAAAGCGUCUUCGUGCACAAUGUUACAAGUCAGAAAAAGUCUCCUCGUGCAAGCAUUUUACAGCUUUCUGAUUUCAUGCGCGUCCACAUCGUUAGUCGUACACAGAGCACGUUCGAGGUACUGCAUAGCAAAAAAAUGCACGUUCGAUGAGCUGCGUGUCAUAUACAAAAAGCACGCCCACGCGCACGUUCGAACUACUGCGUGUCGUAGUCAUUGUCAUAUGCAAAAAAUAAAAAUUUCUUCCAUUUACAUUUUUAUUUUCACUUUCAGUUUCAAUCUCAAUUGCAAAAUAAAAAUUAUAAACUUCCAGGACUCGUGGCAGUCGACUAUACGGGAACUGGUCGCUUCGACUUCCAGUUCGCGUUCGUGCACGGCGGGCAUACCUGCUUAGCGUUCCUGCUGGAGGGAUGCGAUCCGGAGCCCUUUAAUGUGGAUCUGGUGCUACUAAGUCCAGACGUGGACCGCCAUCCCGAGCUUUUGACCAAGUACGUCAUGCUCAAGAAUAACACCCCCGAAGGGAUGUGCAACGGGUGGAUCGAAACCACCGUGCUCGCCGGAAAGGUUCGCAGUUGUUGUUGUUAGAUUUAAUUUUCAGCCAGAUGAUCCUCAUCUUCAUCUUACAUCUUAGAUGAUAGAUGUAGUGUUUCUUUUUGCAUUGUGACCGUUUUGCAUCACAAAUUGAAGUUUUACUUUUACACAAACUACAAAAUGAAAAUCUAAAACAAAUACAGUCCUGGCCCAAGUACAACCAGUACCGCGACACGCAGGCCCGCGCGGGCAGAACCCCGGACGAGUUCGAUGUGUGGAUCGAACGACUUGCGGGCCCCAAAUGGCGCGGGCAGCUGAAGAGUUAUGGGAAGCAUGCCGUGACCAUGUUUAAUAGAGGCGUGGUCCAAGAAUACACCCAUUUUGGGUUGAGCGUCAGCCAGAUGGUCCCCCGCCCGAAGCACAACGAUGGACACUUAAAAUUCUUCGCUUACAGCAACGUACUGAUUUUUUUUCCACUUCCGUUCGAGCAUCAUUAUGAGAGUUUUAAUGUGCAAGUGCAUGCGCAUGCUCAUGACAGGCUUCAGGUUUCUCUUUCUCUUGUAGCUACACCUACAUGUAGAUCACAUUCACUUUUGCAUACAAAAACAAGCGCAAGCUUUGAGCUUAAGCUUCAAAGUAAAGUUGCAAACUUUAAUUUAAAUUUUAAAAAUCAAAACAGAACGCCCUGUCCUCGAUCAACCCGUACACCGACACCAUCAUCGAGAGUGGAAGUGUCCAGCUUGACAUGCACUACGCCGUGAGAGUCAUCCUGCAGUUCGCGGCCGGCUGCCAGGCCGACGUCGUCCCGUGGUCUGAGUAUCCUUUGCAAAAGCAUCACGUCCUUUCUCAUAGUGAGCGGAUUUCCGCAUUACAAAUUGCAUUGCAAGUAGUUUGUGUAUCUUGCCCUGAAACUGCGUGACAGAUUGCUAUUCUCAUGCUGCACAAGAUCGCGGCUCAGCUACUGGCACUGCUAGUGCUACUGUAGCAGAGUAUAGUCGUGAUGCUUUUGUGAAGAUUCAUAGGACCGUCGAGGAGGACACUUUGACCAUGUUGAUCAAGACCAACCUGGCCCCGGCCAAAAUUCCGGACCGCAGCAACGAGGCCAAGAAGUGCAGGACCAGCGAGGAGAUGCAGUUGAUCUUGCCCAUCAAGGAGCGGAACAUCAAGUCCAACGUCGUGUCCCUCUUCAAGGCGAUGAAAAAGGUGAAGGACUUCUAUUCCAGCAAGAAAGAGACAGGUUUGUCCGAAGAGUCGGACUUGAAAGAAGCCAGUGAUCUGGAAAAGAAAGCGAACCCCCAGUACUGGGGUUUGAACUACCAGGGGAACUGGGUUUUGUCCAAGGAGUUCAAGCGCACCCAACAGCAGAAGGCCGACGAAGACUUCCUGCUCACCAACGUGGCCCAGCUGAUCAAGACCAAGUACAAGUUCUGUGCGGGGAACCUGGGCUCGUCCGUCCAGUGCCAUGUGGUUCCGUUCGACAAGAACAUCCCGAAAGCCACGCUCCUGGAGCGGCACAUGUACGUGAUCGGAAGCCAGAAGGAGUCUUUGUUCAUCCACAAGUUGAAGGACGCCUGCCCGAGCGACCACAUCGAGCGGCUGACGGAGUGCGUGACGGACGGGACGCUGCUGCUCCCCCUCGUCCCCACCACUGCCGACCCCGCUGGAAAGGUGGACUGCUUCGAGAUCGACGAAAGUGUGGACGUCUCCUUGAACUGGAAAGGAAAAGCCGCCGCAGCCGCGAAGAGCGGAAAAGCGCCCGCAGCCGGAAAAGCGAAGAAAGACAAAGCCCAGCCCGCGAACGCGAAAGCCGCGGCCGCUUCGGGAAAAGGAAAAGCUGCCUCCCCCCCGCCCGAGGCAAAAGCUGCAGCUGCGGUAGCUGCGUUGAAGAAGGUAUAGUAAAUCUAAAUAGCAAUACAAUUACAAAUACUAUUUCGAUUACUAAAUCUAAAACUAAAUCAUAAAGUUAAAGACAAAGACUCAAAUGAAAAAGCAAAGUGUAAAAUUUAGUUGAGAAUACAAUUACAAAUACUAUUUCGAUUACUAAAUCUAAAACUAAAUCAUAAAGUUAAAGACAAAGACUCAAAUGAAAAAGCAAAGUGUGAAAUCUAGUUGAGAAUCAGACUCAGUUCAACCUGAGAGAGCGAGAAGGUAGAGUCGACAAGUCGUGUAAGAGAAGUUAUUUGCAACUUUGCGAAAAAAUCUGUCAGAUGAAGUGCGAUGCUUUUGUCGAGUGGGUGUCUUGUGCUCCUGGUUUUGUAUUUGAGUUUGUGUCUCUCGGUUUUUAUGCGCGCAUUCGCUGCGCGAAUAACAUCAACAAGUGCAACUGCCCGCGUGUGUGCGCGCACACCCGCGUACGUGCGGGUACGUGUGCGUGCACACGGGCGUGCGCGCGUGCGCGUACACGCAUAUGGGCGCGCGCGCGUACGUGCACGCACGCAUACGUGCACGCGCGCAUACGUGCACGCGCGCAUGUGUGCGCGCACGCAUACGUGCACGCAUGCGUACGUGCACGCGCGCGUACGUCCGCGCACGCGUACGCACACACGCGUGCGUGGGUGCGCGCGUACGCACAUGCACACGCGCGCGCACCUACGUACGCAUGCACGCACCCGCGCGCACGGAUGUGUGCGCGCACAUACGCCUGUCCGCGUCUGCGAACAGGUGCGUGCGCGUACAAAUGAAGUUCUUGCGUUUUUGUUGCUGCAGGCACAGACUUUUAAUACCAAACCAGGAACAAAAGAUUGCCACUGAAGUCACCACACUCAUCUAACAGAAACUGUCAGCGAUUUUGAUUUUCAGUGGCGCAUCCUCAGCUGCAACACCAACAUCCCAAACAUAAAAUACAAACAAAAUCUCACAGAAGGAUCCCAAUGCUCCGCCGUCCCCGGUGAUCGAGAACCAGCUGGGUCUGCCGGACGAGACCGCGGAGGAGAAGUUGAACCGCGAUGCCAAUCGCCAGCGGUUGGAAAAGGACCCCAAGAAGUGCUCUUUGGAAUACCUCUCCGGAAAACAGCCGAAAGCGAUGCGCUGGUGCAUGUGUGUCCCGUCCGAGUUUUCGCACUUGACCGACCCGGAAUUAGAUAAGCAUCAUGAGUUAUUACACAAGUUGCGGAUAUUAGUGAAACCGGACAACACGAUGUACGACAUCGGUAAAAUCGGCGACGGCGUCGACUUCUCCAUCGACAAGCUCUUCUUCAACCCCAGCGAGAAGCGGUUCCAAGGAAACUGGCAGUUCCCGAAGGGUGGUCCGCAGGCCCAUAGUUUGGGACUCAGGUAUUUACUGUUAUUUAUUUUUUGAUGUUCAUCUUCAUGCUACGUCAACGUCUACUAGCACUAGCACUCGCACUGCAAAUCCAAGUUCAAAUUUGAGCACGUGUCCAAGUACUAGUAGAAGUGCCGUUACUAUUUGCAUUUCGAUUUCGCUUUUUGUUUUCGGAUUCUUGCAUGAUAGGUAGAUGCAGUUCCAAUGUUCGCUCGAUCUUCAUCUUUUGCAAACGAAAUUGAAACUGAAAACCAAAUCACACUACAGUCACAUCAAAUAUUUUUGGAAGUGCAGUGAUGCUUCCAAAUGUGACCGCUCCAAAAUUAUUUUUUGGCGGACCAUUACGGAGGAGAUGCCAUCUUCCGCGGAGAAGAACGCCCCGAUGGUGAAGAUAUCCUUUCAAGUCCCGCUGGAAACAGGAGUCAAGGCGCUCGGCAAUAGUAAGAAACAGAAAACGCGAUGCUAGAAGUGGAGAGAAGAAAGAAAGUGUAAAGAGAAGUAAAGAAGAAGAAAAAAGUAAAGUGAAGAAAAAAAAGACCCCCAGAGAAGAAAAGGGGAAAGGAAGAAAGGCAUUUUUGUUUUUGGUGCUCCUCCAGGUAGUAGGCAUGCAAUUUUGGAACUGUUUUUUUGGCACAGGUGCAAACACCAACUCCAUCACCACAGAUACAGAAGUUGAUCAUGAGAAAAAAAGUGAAACGCUGAAGCAUCCUAUUUUCGUUUUCCACAUGACCAAGAUAUCUUCAUUAUCACUAUUUCGUGCUUAUGCAUGUCUCCAAAAAAAAAAUCAGGUUUUGCAUCCACCGCGCAGCUUCGAAUGAGACCUCCUCUGUCGUGAAGCACAAGAUGCCUCCGCAUGAGAACUCCUCUGUCGUGAAGCAUCUGUUGUAGAACGGGAAAGAGACUUGAUGUAGUAAUUUUGUCAAUGUUACGCUAGCACUACUAGUAGCGUUGUUCUUAUUUGUGUUUCGCUUUCGCUAUCUAGCUUCCAAGAACAAGAAGAUGAAAAAAACAAAAUAACAAUCAAAGCUUCUCUUAUGUAAGAUUAGCCUGUGGGCAGAGCUAGAAGUCGAUUUGCAAGCUACCAAAUUUUCACAGUUUUCCUUUGAUAGUUUCACCCGUCGUGCAAUUUUUGCUUCUCUAGAAACGGAAUCUACUUUUUCAACUUCGCUUUUCACUUAUUGGAAUCAAAAUUCGUAUGCAGCAUCACUAUUAUUUAUUUUUAUACCGUAUUCUUUGCCUCAGUUUGAUUUUCGCUUCCUCUAUCGUGUAGUACUGAAGUAUGUUCGCCUCGGUUUGAUUUUCGCUUCGUAGCCGCACGUAGAAUGAAGUAUGUUCGCCGAGACGGGAAUCGUAUGAAAAGUCCCCGCUUCUACAUCUAGAUCUACUAUGAGCUAUCUUUUUGUUUUUCGACUGAGCUUUUUUUUGUCGUCGGCCUCCUUGUCCACACUGAUUCUAGACAUGACGCAUCACAGCCAAAGCGUGUGGAUUGGAGACUUGACAACAGGCGCCUUUAGUAAGAAGAAGUCCAAGCUCUACACCUGCAGUUGCUUCGUUGCGAUUUUCAUUUUCUCGCUUCGCUUUGCACAGACAUCUACUUCCAGUUGUAGAAGGACCACACUACGUAGAAAUAGAAAAGGAAAACCGUAGCGCAAAUCUUAGUUAUGAAUAAAGAUGACUCGACUGAGCUUGCACUUGUUCGAAGCUACUUUGCUCCGGUUCUUUUAGUUCAGCGAGCAUCUACAACUUCAAAAUUUCCUAGAAAGAAAGGAGUAUUGAAACUCAAAUACAAAUUGUAGCUCUAGCACUGAUUUGAUUUUCAUUUUCAACGUCCGUGACCAUGUGAGUUGGAGUGUCAAUAUCUGCUAUCUGAGCUUCUGCCGUCCUGUAGUCGCCUGGUUGCGUUUCCCGUAGUUUGCCGCAUAGCGUGGCACAACAAAGAAGUAGUACUAGCGAGCAUCUACGUGCGUAGUCUCUGACUUCAGGAAGGUAUGUUUGUUUAUGUCAACCGGUCGCCUUGGUCGGGCAGUGUUGUAGAUGUUUCGCAUCUGCAGCAUUGCUCAACCUAGACCCCUUAUGAAUGUUUCGCACUCAUCAUGAAAAAGAACAAGAGCUGGUAUUUGGACGCUAGGUUCUACAAAUAACGUAGAGACUCAGCCUUGUUCGAAAACUGUCUCACCUCGCGUUGCGCCACUUCAGUUUCUAUUUCGUUAGGCGGCGCCUCCCCUUGCCAUUUCGCGCCUAUUUCUGUGCUAUUUGUCCUACGGUUUUCGUGUUUGGUUUUUUGCCUAUUUCCUUGCUAAUUCUUUGUCUAAUUCCUUGUCUAAUUUUGUUUCUAUUUUUUUGCCUAAUUUCCUGUCUAUUUUUUUGUCUGAUUCCCCGGCCGUGCUUGCCUAUUUUUUGUCUAAUUUCGGCGACUUUUUUUUUUCGCUGCGAAAACCAAUAGCCCGGGAAUUAGGCGCGAAAUAGGCAAAAAAAUAGGCGCGAUGCCUCUGUGCCUGGGGGGCCUGGGCUGUUGGCCUUGCGCGUUUGCGCCUUCCUUUUUUUGUUUUUUUCUUUGCCUCCCUGGCGCGGCGGUCAUUUGGGUCGCCGGGUUGCGCAUGGGCUUCGNUUUCGAAAAGAAUACAAAAGUAGCAGGAGGCUUCGUCAUAAAACUGGAAGAGCGUUAUCGCCAUGUUUGUCGCGCGCGUCUGCAAGAAGCCGUACCUGCAGUGCCGCGAUUUGAUUUUCAUUUUCAUAUCUGUAUAGUUCGCAGCGCUCGCAACUAUGGCUGCUCAUUACAUUAGACUACCCCCCAUCGAAGCUGUGAAUUUCGUUUUCUUUUUGUGGUCAAAUCAAAAUUAAUUUGAGAUAUGUUCGUAGGCUACCCAAUCCGACUUCAGCACCAGCAUUGACGCUUUGAGUUUGACACUUCCAUUUGACUUUUAUUUGCAAUAUACAAAACGUACUAGUAGAAGCGUUUGAUUGAUCCAUCGUAUCGCCGCCGGCUGGCAUCAAGGUCACAUCUCUCGCUGUGGUCCUUUUUGCACUUUCGGCAUAAACCUCCUUUUUAUUUGAGUGCUCCGUGUCUUUGUCACUUGCGGAGGCAACGCUUUCGCUACAACUUUUGCUGCUGAGAAGGAAAGGAAGUGCAUAUCGACAAAACACGAGCACAAGCUACUUGCGCUUUUAAAUGUAGUUUCAUUCGCAAGAUGGUUUUCAAUCUGAUAACCGCUUCGCCUGAAUACAAGCACCGGUCAUCUAGUAGCUUUGUGGUGAGUGCUAUCGUGCGCGCACGUCCUCGACCGGAUUGCGAUCCGCGUCGGAGCGUCAGUGCCGGUAUCAUAUUCUCACCACCGUGAACUACUUUAAGCACUACCCCGGACGUCGACGUUUUCAUUCGUCACUGCCCCCCGGCAAUUUCGGAAAUCACUCUGAUAACCUAGUCACGCUGCGAGUGAUGCACACUGAAUGAGAACUGAGUCUGAAACUGCUUUGCUUCUACCCGAAACAACUUUCGCUCUACCCAUGAAAUUAAAACAUGCGUGUUUGUACCAACAUUCAAAAUGAAAAUAGGACGCCCACACAGCUGCAGGGCCGUCGAUAGGUGCGAAGCAUUACAGCAGUGUCCGUAGUGCUGCCAGUAACGGUGUUCAGGUUCUUCUCCCUUCGAGAGGUCCAUUAGUUGAAAUCAUCAUACAGAAUCAGUAUCAGAAUAAAGAUCAACAGGAAGAUGACUAUCAUAACCAAGAGCAACGCGUUACAUCUUCCUUGAGUUUGAGUUUCCAGAUGUAGUAGCCGGCGAGAGUCGUAAUAUGUAUCUGAGUCACCAUCUCGUUCUCGAUGAGUGUCGAGCUUUUCGCUUUCCUUCGUCGUCUUCUGGUUUACAUGGAGCAUGUGAGAUGUGACGUCGGUGGAUGCACCAAAAAUAAAGAAGCGUGUAGCUCAGGGGCAGCAAAGAGAGAAGCACUUUCUCCGUCUGUCUCGAUCCAGUGUAGAUCUAGGCCCACAUCCGCUUUGAUUUCGUGUCCGACCUCUUCUGCCAAAAAAAAAUGUCCGUGAGGAGAGGACAUGGUGACGCAGUCGUCCCGCAACUUCAAGAGGACAUGUUGAUGCAGCCGUCCCGCAACGCUUCGGAGCUCGUCGCCGUGAGGGGAAAAACUUUCAACGAUAAGUACUACUUCGGGCAGCCGCUCUGCAGCAUGGUCCUCCCGUAAAACCGUGACGCAUUGCCGCCCAUCGCAACGUCAUCCGUUCUUAUGUUUUGUUAUUGCUGUUUUACUUUUAGUUUUAGUUUUACUUUAGCUUGAAGCUUUCACUAUUGCAGGGCUGCUUGGUCUUAUGCAACAUAGUAAGUCUCAACUGUGCGCAUGAUCUUACUGAUUUUAGUUUCAAUUUAGUAUUGGUUCUGCAUGACAGCCUUGUUAUCUUGGUCGACUUCCCAUUCUCCAAGCUGAGAAGUAAGAUGUGUCUGCAAAUCGCCCUGAGCUCGUAUCAACAGCAAUGGCAAAAGAGAACGAUCGCGGUAGCGAUGGGUGGCGUUUUUGUUUUUGAUACCCGUUCGCCCCACGGUCCCGCGUACUACACGAAAGUCGCGAUCCCCUACAAGUCGCGGGCAAAACGCUUCAAGUCGGAGGACUACGAAAAGUGGGAGUUGCGGGAGGAUGACACCCACUGGGAGAACUAUCGCAUCCUGCCUGCGAUUGGCGAAAAGUGGGCCAGCGUCGAGCGCGUGGUGCGGGUACUUCAGCUUCUACUUUAACUUUAGUCUUUUGGUAAAUAAAUUGCGCGCGUACCUAGUGCUCCGGUUAUGUUGAGGCACAUCUACAUCUGGGAGCGUCCUCGACUCUUUCGUGUACAUCUCAGACCUACAAUCAAAACCACCGCAAUCAUUGACACAGAUUCCCAAGGCGGAGUGGCCGGGGACCCCGGAUGGCUGGCUGCAGCCGCUGGUCGCCGUGGCCCCGACGAAGGCCCCGACGAAGCGGAAGGCGGACACACCCGUAGCCGGGCCCGCGCGACGACGACCCCGUCGCGACGUGCCUAUCUGAUGACCCGCAGCUGGUUGCAUCCGCAGUCUGUCGCGAUUCUGCGUCAGCUAUGUCGCGCAUCGCCUAAAGAAGAACAAAGACAGAUGGGCGUGACGGAUAUGAGAGGCGAAACAGGAGAUGCUAAUAGAUCUAGAUGUGCUUUUGGUUUUGCUUUUGCACAAGUACAAGCAGACGUAGAAUAGGACGGCAGAAAUUGAAAUCAUGAAAAAGCCAGUAUGAAGAACAACAAACGUAGAACCAAGACCAACGAAAUGGCUUCAGAUAGAACAUUGAACAGAGUUUGUAUCUUCUAGGCCCUAACCCAAAUCCAAACCUACGCUCCGGGGCCGCGCAAAAGUUCCUCCUACUUAUGCCCGUUUUCCAACAAUUCAACAAGCCACUGAGAUGAUAAAAAUGAUCAGCGUUGCAGCGUGUAGAGACAGGUUCGAAAUGAGCUCGCAGCUGUUGAGGUCGUAGCUCAAAACGCACUGAGGCAAAGACAACGGAAGACAGGCCUUUUCAUUAUCAAGAAGAGCUCACCGCCCUACGGAUCUGCUACAGAAAGCAAGAAGAAGAAUGUUCCUAACCAAGUCGCUUCCAUGGCAGUAAAAGCGUGUAGAAGGGCCAAAGUGAUUCGCUGUCCCAGAUCACCCGGCUGACCAUCAUCGAUCAAAAUCAACAACUGAUCAGCUUUAUGGUAGUCACUAAAGAUAAUUGAAAUUCUGCGAGUAUGCGUCUUUUCGUUGCGGGGGAGUGGGCAUCCCAAUGUACAUCAACACCCACUUAUUCGCUUGCGUUCAAUUGUUAAAAUCGGUAACCGGAGUACCUAGCUAGAAUAAACCAAACAGAUUUGCAGGCGUUAAGAGCCGAGAGUCGGUUAGAUACGAAGUUCGCAAUUUGGAUAUCAAUAGUAAAAUCUAGCUAUUUUUAUAGCUAUCGAAAUCCGGAAUUAAGAGGUUUUGUCCGACCAUAUGAUUGGUGGAUUUUGGAGUAAAAUGAAUCCACGAUGUAUGAUCAUCUCAGGGCCGACCUGUCGAGCAAGCCGGCUAUUGAUUUCACCUGGUUGAGUUACCUGAUUUCGCUCAUUGUGUGCGACCUGAGCACCUGGGCCGUUAUCACCGUUUACGUCCACCUGCGAGGGGUAAAGUCGUGGACCGAAACGCUGUCGCAAUUCCAGGAUUUGUUCGCCUGGGAUGAGUAUCCUGUGCAAAAGUAUCGUACUCGUACUAAUUGCAAUCAUGCAUGACAAAUCUUGUUUCUUAGCGAAAUCAGCAUUACAAAUUCCAUUUUUCCUUCUGGGAAAAUUUGUAUUGCGAUUUAUACUAGUACGAUACUUUUGCGAUGCAUAAUGAGGACGUGAUUUUCCGCAUGUUUUGGGGCAACGGCCUGUACUUCUCCUUUUUGAUGAUGUCCAUGAUGGUGUCCGGCCACAACAUAGGCAUUGCAAAUAUGUCUGGGUCAGGAAGAAUGCAAACUUGUGAUGCGCAUUGCACAACACAGAAAAAUCUCGCAUGCAUAGACAGCGAAAGCUGCCCACUUUCUGUCACCAAAAAAAUCGGGCAUUCGUGAUGCAGAUUCGGCGUUGCGGAGGCUUCUGGAAAUAGCCUGUGUCAUGCAAAAGCAGCAUGCUGACUCUUCCAGACCCAGACAUUUUUGCAUUUUAUACAACACCUCGCGAUUACAGCACAUCACCGGUGUCGACACACUGACGUUUCACCAUGUCAAGGAGGUGUGCAGCGGACACUUUUAGGUGGCUGAUACGAAUAAAGUAAAAAAAGUGAUAAAAUGAUGCAACGACGUUACCGAGCGGGAGACGAGGAUUGCCUACCGGGAAGUAGAACACAGACGAUUCCCGUGUGAAGAAGUGCAAGGCGCAAAAAACCAAAAUUCAGUCAGGCAUUAUCAUUAUAACAAAGUGUAUUCUCAAGUGCACAAGCACGGAUAGUCCCUUCCAUGCAUUUUCUUUUACAGUGAGUUGACAUCAAGUAGUGAACAGCAUUUUCAAGACCACGAGAGAAUGAGCCGUCCGCAAUCUUCUCAUUUCGUGAAAACGCGGGCUGUGCUGGGAAAAUCGAGUUGCGAUAUAAAAUGGCGAACUCUUCCAGCACAGAAAUGAGUUCCAGCGGGAGUAAAACAAUAAACUUUUUUCUUGACUAAAUCUAACUAAGACAAGCACAGAAAGUAUCACUUCCGACGUUGCAAUCUUGAUUCAAUAUGAACGAGUGGCUAGCAUAUAAAAGCGACAUCUGUAUGUUAGGCACGGAAAGGGAAUACUCCGUAAAGAAAGAGACAUUUACAAGAACAGGAAAAAUCACACGGAUAUGCAUAGCACAGGUUCUCGUGCAAGAUGCUUGUACAACGCAUAAUUAUAAAUCAUUAUUUCAAAUAUGAAUUUCACAUAGCGGAAAAAGGGAUACUACAAU